CGACUAAGGCGUAUCACAGCUUUGCGAGCCGGAGUCUGCCCCCUCGGAAGGUGCAUGCAAAAGGGCCGUCAGCUGAAUAGGCAACCAGGGAAGCUUCAAGUCCCGAGAAGCUUCACCAGCUAGCCGAGCCAGACCUGCUACCUGGUUCCACCGGAUUCAUACUAUCGUGAGGUGGUUAAAAUGUUGCUGCGCGACACGCAUUCUCCCACCGGGAUCCAUCCCGUUUCACAGAGCAAAGCUGCAUGGCGUGCUAUGCGUGCUGGACGUCCAUUGCAGGUUUUGGGGAGGCCUAGGAUGGCAUUUACGACCUCAAAGGCCGCAACCUUCCCGAGCACGCAAAGUUUGGAGGAUCCCCUCACUACUACCCAGGACCACAGCUCUGCGAAGCACAGCACCGAGGUUGAGCGUGAGGUUGAGCAGGAGACGUAUGACUGGGCCAAGCAGUGGUAUCCACUGGCGUUCGUAGAAGACCUGGACCCCAAGGUCCCCCACCCAGUGGAGCUGCUGGGCGAGAGGCUUGUGCUAUGGAGGGAUGCAGACAAACAGUGGCGGUGCUUCCAAGACAAGUGCCCCCAUCGGCUGGCUCCCCUCUCAGAGGGGCGCAUAGAGCCGUCGGAUGGGACGCUGAUGUGUUCGUACCACGGCUGGCGCUUUGAUGGGGAGGGUAAGUGCACGGACAUCCCCCAGUCGCUGGAUGCCAAGGCCAACGCAGCGGCCUGCAGCAACCCCCGCUCAUGCGCCAUCAGCCACCCAACCCAGGUGCUGCAAGGGAAGGUGUGGGUGUUUGGCGAGGGCGGCUCGCGCGCAUUCAUCGACAGCGCGGCAGUCAAGCCUGCCCUGCUGGAAGAUCUUGAGGACACCUACCCACCCAGGGAGAAGAAUGGAGGGGAGGACUGCUUCUUUGCAGGAGGCCACUAUGCCAGGGAUCUCCCAUAUGCCUGGAGCACGCUCAUGGAGAAUCUGGCAGACCCCUCCCACGUCAACUUCUCACACCACAAUGUUGUGGGGGACCGGACCGUGGAUCAGACGAUGAAGAUCGUGAGCAAGGAGCCAUCCAAGACAGUGCCGUCAAUCAAGGAUACCUUCAAAAUGGCGGUCACCAGCUUUGAUGACAAGGCCAGGGACUACCAGACCUUUGACAUGGAGUUUGUUGCUCCCUGCCUUGUCAAGUGGGGCAUCCCGCCCUGGGGAGUGGGUAUCAAGCACGGCUACAUGCCGAUGUACAUGAUCCCAACAGGGCCCGGCCGCAGCAAAAUCCUGUGGUGCAUGCUCUUGCCCACCUCCUCUAUGCCUGCCCCGGCCAAACUGAUGCAGCGGCUGACGCCCAAGUGGCUCCAGCAUAUCAGCAUCACUCCCCAAGUUCUGGACGGCGACACCGGCCUGCUCCAUGGACAGGAGGUGGCCGUGUCGAAGGAGGCAGAGAAAGACCUCAAUAGGCUGUACUACAUGCCAGCACAGGCCGACAGGUUUGUGGCGGCUUAUCGCAAGUGGCUGGCCGGACGCGGCGGCGGCGGGCCGCUGCCGAUGCCGGAGACCUCCGAGUUGCAGGCGCAGCCGCAGCUACUCGACCGCUACAGCCAGCACACACAGAACUGCCCCUCCUGCAGCAGGGCUGUGCAGGUGUUCACUGCUCUGCGCAUCGUGACGGCUGCACUCGCUGCAGUCUGUGCUAUGGGCAUUGCAUCCACGCUGGCCGCUUCGCACCCUGUGCUUGGACUGCCGGCCCAAUUCGCAGCAGGUGGCAUUGUCCUGGCGGGAGCUUGGCUGUGGCUGAGCAAGACCAUCCAGAAAUACUACUACGUGCCCCACACUCAUGCUCACGCAUGAAGACACCACAUGUUGUUAUUGUAACGAUCGGCAGGACUUGCGUCAGGCAGCGAUUGCACCUGGGUGGAGAUGUAAAAAAUAGAAAUAUUUGGAGCGCUGUUUUUGGCAAGAGCACACCGAGGUUGUGACCUGUGUGGGCCCAGAGGUGAACAAGAACGAAUGCAAGUAUUGUAGAGAGAAGACAGGAUCAAGGGCUUAUAAAAGCUGUUAAGAAACCCAUUUACAGGAACCUAGUUGGUCACAUGUAUUGCGGUAUUCAAUAUUGAGCAUCAGGCAGUUCUUAGGGCACUAUCUCAUCAAACAAGAGGCUGAUUGUAGGGAUUCUUUACAUGGCAAAUGGUUGUUGAACCGCAUUUGUUUUAGUGUUUGGGAUGACUGCUGAUUGGCUCUAGCUAUAGUGAAGUGUUGAGGCGUUGUGGGUGCAUAGACCCAAUGCAAUUUAGAUGUCUAUUUGAGAGAACCACUCGGUGAACUGCAUGCAUGGUGUGUCAUUUCUUGGGAUGCAAUACUGCAACUUAGCUAUAUUAGGGAGGUGUGCUGAUUCUUGAGAUGUUCAACAGCCCGAGAGAAUCUGCAACAAUGUUGCUUGUGUGCAAUAUCUUGUAGGAUCUAAUGGUUGGACAUGAGAUACUGCAGAUAUCUUAAUUGAUCUAAUGGAUCUUGGCAUU